AUUAUUUAUCACUAUCAACCCUUUCGUAAACAAGAUCCAUCAGCCCUAAUUGAAAUGCCGUCACUCGGCAAUGGCGGCUUGGCUCGUUAUGCUUGCGACUACUGCAAGCAAAAGAAGUUUAGAUGCUCUAAGGAACUUCCCAAAUGCAGCGCGUGCAAGCCUUGGCCGGGGCCUUGUAACUAUUCCCGAGAUAAACCGGCUCCAAAGCCACAGUCCAACGAGCUGGUAGAUCCAUCAUCUAUUAGUUCAACAGGCCGAUCAAUUAUAGAUGGGAUACAUGAGCGAUUACAGAAAGUUGAGGAAGCGGUGCAAGUUCUGACUGAUACCGUAACUCAAGCUGUUGAAGCGAUGAAUCACGCUGCGUCAACGAACUGCCAACAGGCGUCAGAAAAAAGCCGUGAACCUCAGGGAGGAGGAGAUCCACCUCCUAACCUGAGUGUUGGAGAUGUCAAUUCAUUCUCUUUUCUGAAGGACACAGCUAUCACAAACGCGACUAUCGGAUCAUCACCUCUUCAUCAGCAUGCUGCAAAGGAGUUGCAGUAUUUUUCAGAUUCUUUGACAACAGCAGUAGCCAGCAAAGAGCAUUCUGAUACUGGUUUCUACGUACCAUCCAGAUCUGAGGGUUAUCAGAUGAUAGGCCGCUUCUUGGAAAAUGCCUGUCUAGGCGACGCGUUCUUCAUCACGCCUUCAGAAGAUCUUCUCAUACAAACCAUAUUCAGACCUGAGACUGUGUCAAGAAAGUCAUGGGUUGUGUAUGUCAAUUACAUGAUCCUCACUAUGCUGAAAAAUAACGAAGAUGCCAAAGGUCAAAGGUACCGGAACAAUAUGAAGUUGGCACUUAACGAUAGCAGGAUCUUUCUCGAACCUCACGAAGUCAAUCUUCAAGCACUCAUCAUGCUAGCCAUCCAUGGUGAGGACUAUGCUUCGCCGAAUCUAUCGUGGAUGCUUGUCGGCCAUGCAUGUCGUCAAGCUGAAGCAUUGGCUCUGCAUACAUCUUACAAUUCAGACUUUGAAACUCGACAACGAAGACUUAGCCUGUUUUGGCUUCUCUUCGCGGUAGAUAAGUCAUGUGCUCUCGCAUUUGGUCGCCCAUGCUUCCUUUCAUCAGCGAUAUAUUCUUGCGUCCCGCUCCCAGACUUGGGAUAUCUGACAAAGUUUCAGCCUCAAAGCGACUCCCUUCAUCCAGAAGGAAGCGCUGAAACGUCAAGGUUCGGAGCUCACAUGUUUAUCGCACGUAUGGAGUUUGCAAAAAUGAUUGGCACCAUCCUUGAUUCACAGAAGCGAGAGCAUGGAAAGGCGCUAAGAGACCAGCUCAGGGAAUGGUAUGCUCGAACGAAUCAAAUAUUGAGGGAUAUUCUUGACAACGAGAGACCGUCGUCAAGUCCCAAUCAGCUACAUGAAAUGACACUAGGUAUCAGCACCGUCAAGUUUGACUACUUACAUGCCUUCAUGACUCUUCUCAAGUCUCAUCCUCCAUCCAAGACUGUGAGACUGGAGGCAGCCAGGGAGGCAGUCUCUCUUCUCCCUUCAUUGGUGUCAAACUGGACUUCGGUAUACAACAGCAUGAUAUGGCACCUUCUAUACUUUCCCUUCAUACCGUACUUCAUAAUCUUUGAGCAUCUGGCACAGGGCCACGCCAUUUUGGGCACGGUCACGACCCGACAAGAUCUUGAACUUCUUUCGGCAACAGCUUCCUACUACUCAAGUAUGAGAGCUGAAAUGCAGAUGCUAGCUCCACUGUGCGCGCGUCUUGAGAACAUCGCGACAGUAUUCCUCCGCUUAGCCAAGCUGCACAUAGACCGUCCGGAUUCCCUAUACUCAACUCAUCCACUAGCUCCGGAGUCAUUGCAGCCACUCUCAAGCCAAAGUCAGAAGACCAGUGUUUUAGUGAACAGCACGUCAAUGGUCUACAUGCAACAAAUACAAACAGAGCUAGGUGACGAAAUUGAUAUCGACUUGGAGCAUUAUCUUCAGUGGAUAUCACCAGAAAUGAUCCCUACUCAAGAUUCACAGUCUACAGAGAUCCCUGAUGGAAAUUUGGAUGAAGGUCCUUUGGUUCUCGAGGGUGCAGAGUCGUUGCAGGCAGAAUCCCGGGGUACCAAACGGCCAUUUGAUGUUAUGUUCGACUGGUUUGCUUGGGAUGUCUACUACGGAGAGCAGAACUUUGAGCUGACAUGAAGUUCUGAUGAAAAUGUAGAUUCUGAAUGUUUAUGCAGAACUAGAUGCUGGGUUGUCCGUUUUGUUGUAUGGAUAGCUAGCCAUCUCCAAUACCUGUGGCCUGUCCGUCUUAAUUUCUUUCCUAGGUCCAACUACGAAAGUCAGCAGAUAUCCAUACUAUCAUGUGCAGUAAAACAUACAGAUAUUCAAACAAAUAAAUUUGAUCAUUACUGGGAACCAGAUAGCCACAGCAACGAGUUGCCCAAAACCCCAUGUCGACGGACCCCCAUCAGCCAAGUACAUACCAAGCAGAUCAAUCAUUUCGCGCAGUCCAAUCAAGACCAUAAUAAUGUUGAAUAUUUCAAUAGUAGCCCAGAAGAACCCUAAUGCCAGUUUUGCGGCCUUGGUCUCUGCGAAUGAGAAGAUCGUCUGAGACUCUCUGCCGAUUUGCAUAUACUUGACCUUAUCUCCUGCCAUUCGAGUCUUGGCGAAUUGCACAAU